GGACACUGUUGCGUAUUAAAAGAGAGGCCUUUUCAACUUCCUUGGCAACAAAACUCUGGCUCUCUUUCGCUCGUCUCAGACACGCGCACGCGCACGCGCACACGCAAAGCAUAAACGGAGAGAGAUCAGUGAAGCUGUGUGUGCGGGUGAUAGUGAGAGAAACGCCAUGUCUCUGGGCUACGCCGAGAAGCUCUCCUUCAUAGAAGAUGUCGGCGAAGUUGGAAUGCGGGAGUUCUUCGACCCACCCCACGUUUUGCAAGAAAAAAUUGAAAGACUUGCAAUGACAAUAAAAGAGAGUAAGCAUCUAGUGGUGUUUACAGGUGCAGGAAUAUCGACAUCUUGUGGUAUACCUGAUUUUCGAGGUCCAAAAGGAAUUUGGACACUCCAGCGUGAAGGCAAGCCAUUGCCUCAAGCUUCACUUCCAUUUCAUCGAGCUGUACCAAGCAUGACGCACAUGGCUUUGGUUGAACUUGAGAGGGCUGGCAUUUUGAAAUAUGUCAUUAGUCAGAAUGUCGAUGGUCUCCACCUUCGGUCUGGAAUCCCAAGGGAGAAGCUUGCUGAAUUGCAUGGAAAUUCAUUCAUGGAGACUUGUCCUUCCUGUGGAGCUGAGUACUUCCGAGACUUUGAAGUGGAUUCAAUAGGACUGAAGGAGACUUCACGUCAUUGUUCUGAUGCAAAUUGUGGAGCAAAGCUUAGAGACACAGUCCUUGACUGGGAGGAUGCUUUGCCCUCAAAGGAGAUGAGCUAUGCAGAGAAGCAUUGUCAAAUGGCUGAUGUUGUUUUGUGCUUAGGAACAAGUCUGCAGAUCACUCCUGCAUGUAACUUGCCUUUGAAAUGUCUACGUGGUGGAGGGAAGAUUGUGAUUGUAAAUCUUCAGAAAACUCCAAAGGACAAGAAAGCGAGUUUGGUGAUCCACGGACUUGUAGAUAAGGUUAUUGCAGGUGCGAUGAACUUGCUGAAUAUGCAGAUUGCUCCAUUUGUCAGGAUUGACUUCAUCCAGAUUAUUUUAACUAAAGCUUUAAGUGGAGAUGAAAAAUACGUCAACUGGAUGCUCAGGUUGGCUAGCGUUCAUGGGCAGAAAGUUCCAUUGCCAUUCAUCAAAUCAGUUGAGGUUACUUUUUUAGAUGAGGAAAAAUACAAAGCAGCUGUUCUUCAUGAGCAACCAUUUCUGCUGAAAAGGAGAACAGAGAGGACAAAAGUGUUUGAGAUGGUCUUGAAAAUUAAUUUCUCUGAUGGCUGUGGCUGUCUGUGCAGCCAGAUUAAUAUCCCUUUUGAUCCUAAGGUUUCAACUGAUUGCUCUACUCCCGAUAAGGACGCAAUACUUCAGAAGCUCAGAGAUACAGCGAUUCAAGGCCGGUGCUGCGGUCAGAAUGCCAUCAUCGGAAAGAAAAUCAAGUUGGCCCCCAAUGGCGAGACCACCACGUUUGCCGUCAUCACCAACAUCGUCAUUCACAACAAAGCCUCCAAGGCGUUUGAAACCGAGGUGAUAAGCAACGGGGACAUCAAGAAGCAGAAAAGAAGCGCAAGAGGCAACAGAUCCUCUCGGAAGCGAUCUAAGACAUAAAGAUCGAACUAACAUUAGCCAUUUUUUGGGAGAAACAGAUAGAAACCGGCUCUUGGGAUUUGUAAAUAUGGCUUUCUUUGGAACUGACCAGGUAAGUCUAUGUGGUAGGACUGAGUGAAUUUUGUUAGCUACUGCACUCAGCCUUGCUUGCUCUGUAAAUGGUCCUUUUGGGCAUGGCCAGAUUAACUUUUUGGCUUACGACUGAUUCACACCAAUGCUAUCUUCUACAAAAUAGUGAAGGAGGACUUCUAAUUUGUUAUGUUUAGUGUCAUACGUGAUUCGACAGUAGACUGAUAAUGUUCCGAAUCAUUGUAAUAGUGUUUUUGAAUAUGCAGUUGGGUAAUUUUCCUUA